AUUCAUUCAAUUCAUUUUCGUUUUUUUGUUUAAUUGGUUUUGUGUUUUGUGAAAACAAAAAUCAUCCAAACAAGAGAAUCAUGUCCAAUAUUUGUCGUCGUUGUGAAAAACCAGUUUAUGCUGCUGAAGAAAUGCUGGCCGGUGGACAAAAAUGGCAUAAAACAUGUUUCAAAUGUAAUCUUUGUAAUAAACGUUUGGAUUCUACCAAUGUUAAUGCACAUGAUAAUUCAUUAUGGUGUAAACAAUGUUAUGGCCGUAAAUUUGGACCAAAAGGUUAUGGAUUUGGUGGCGGAGCUGGUGCAUUGUCGAUGGAUAUUGGUGAACAUUUGGGUAAUCGUGAAUCAGCAAUGACCAAUAAACCACAUGGUAUUGUACAAUGAUUGUAUUGAUCAAUCAUUAUGACGAA